AGAAGCAGGACAAGAGAAAAAACUGAAAUAUACUUGACAGAUUGGUGGAAUCAGUUUCUUUCUUCAUGUAAAAUAUCAUCAUGUGUGUCAGAGAUCUUAACUUCGAAAUGAUCGAAGUUGUAGGUCAAAAUAAAUGUUAAUCCUACUUACAUUUUAUAUUUUAAAUGAUAUCAAAAUGAACGUGUUAACCUUAUAUAUUCUUAACAUUGACCUUACCAUUUUUCAAAAGUUUCGAUAUGAUCGAUUAACAGUAGCCAUUUAAGCUGCUUCAAACUUGGCACAAUACUGGACAUUUGAACUAUGCAAACACAAGAGAAGAAGCAUAGAUUGUUGACGACAUUAAAGUAAAAUUUCUAUUUUGGAAUAAAGCAAAUGGAGCUCUUGAUUGAAUGCUGAAAAGCUCAUCUCUCCAUGUCUUUGUAUCUCAACAUCGUUCUCAAAAACAUCCACUAGUAUGAAACAGCUAGUUUUUGUUGGAGCAAGACUAGGUGAGAAAAGCUUUUCACUUCGGAAAUAUACUCUCACGUUCGCCUGUCACAUAUCCAAAACUUCAAUUUUCUAAAAUAAAAUAGAAAUCGAUCUUUUUAGUCGACAUUUCGUUGUAGACACAAUCGUCAAACAGAAGCUCAAUGUCAACGAUUGAUUUAUUCUGAACGUCUUCUAGCAUAUCUUACUGUUCGUUAUAUGGCUCGAUUACCUUUUAUUGAUCAAAUACGUUCACGACAAGAACUUAAUUUAGUUCAAUCAAUUCGACGAAAAUUAAAAAAAGCUAAAUUAAUACUUUCAAUUGAACAUUUAACAAAAAUUGAUGCUUAUGAAGAAUUACCAUCUGGUCCAAAUCCAUUACAUGAACAAUUCAAUAAAGAAAAUACACCACUUCGACCAAUUAUGAAUACAAUUCAUGCAGCAACAACAAAAAUUUCCAAAUUCUUAGAUCGAUUAAUUCGACCAUUAUUCGAUCGAUAUGCUCGGCAGACGACUAUCAUCCUCUCAUUCUUAUCGGAUCAUCCUCGACAUAUAUUUCGAAAUGUUAUUCGAAUAGCUCUUACUCGAGCUAUACGAUAUUCAUCGACAUUUGAAGCAUUUAAUAUUGAACAACGUCAAGUUCGUUUGAAAUUAUUAUACAAUGGCUAUCCAUCGAUCUAUAUUAAUAAACAAUUUCAACAAUUCUUUCUAAAACAUAUGUCAUCAUCAUUCUCAUCAUCAUCAUCAUCACUUUUACCAAUGAUUGAUGAUGAAAAUCAAUUUUUCCUCUUGCGUCAAAUAUUACUUGCUGAACCGACACCAAAACAAACACAAGUAGCUAAAAGUGCAGCGACCGUCGAUAUUAUGUCUACUGAUCAUGAUAAUAAUAAUGUUCAAGGAAUGAUACGACGAGUAGUAGCAGCAGCACGGACGACGACGACAACGUCAACAAAAAUGAUAACAAUCAAAUCAAAAGCAGAUAAAUUCAAUAAUACUCUCUUUAUUCAUUGUACACAUGAAGGACGAUUAGCAGAUUUAAAACAAGAUAUUCAUGAAAUUCAUGAUAGUUACGUCAAAAAUACACAAUAUGAGCAGAUGCAAUUGGUAGUAAGCCAUCAUAACAAUCCAAAUAUGGAUUUUGAACUUGCACGAAAACGUCCAUCUCAAUCGAUAUUAAAGGAUCAACCAAAUAAACCCAAGAAUCAAUAUACAUUACGUAUUGAAUUUGAAAGACGAAGAGGUAUGUUAAAAUUCGAUGCUAAAGAUCAUCAAUAUAUUGAAAUCUUUAAUAAAUUAAAACCACGGCAACCAGAAAUUUCUUUGACAAAAUCAAUUUGGAAAGCAACAAAUGAUGAACAAAACACUUCAAUAUGA